UUACGGCUCGGCGCGACUCGCUGUCACUUUACGGACGACACUUAGGAAAUCGGACGAAGGAAAGGGAACUUGUCUCGCGCUCGCGGACUGCGCCGAGGGGCCUCGCGGACUGGUUCCGGUGAACGACACUUUCUGUCAGGAAAUUCGCGGCAAUAUAAUUCAUUUUUUUCGCAGCUGUUCUUCAGAAUUUGACUGCUUUUUGGAAUAUCAGUUCAUUUUCAUCUCGGAUUUCGUACCUUUUUUUUUUUGCUGCCGGCUUGGAAAACAAGUGUGCAAAUCUGAAUCUCGAAUUCCGUUUUUCGAGCGCAAACCGAGUUCUCGACUCGAGCAGAAGGAAAGUUGGUCGUGUUUCGGUCUUCUCGUUCGCCUUGGUUUUGUUUCGGAUAAGUCGGUGUACUGAUGGUGAACAACAGCAAUUUUACAGCGUUUAUUCAUUUGGGCACGGCUGGGCGCUUCACCCAUUGCUGAAUCAAUGUCUCCGUUAUAUACGGUUAUAAAUCUCAGGUUGCUAACUGUGCCCUGAGAGGAAACUUUCUGGUAAACCACAACUGAACUGUCUUAUGAAACAAAAAUCGCGGGCUCAUUAUAAGUUAAGAAUAUAAAAACGUGUAUCAUGCAGUAUACAGCGCGGUUGCUAUAAAUCUUACAAGUCUCCUCGACACGCGUUUGAAUUGAUAUUAUUGAACGGUUGAAAGUGGCAUUUAUUAAAGUGCACGUCCUCGACUUAAAUAACUUAUUACUUGCUUUAAACAACAGAUUUCGGCGGUUAAGAGGUGCGCGCUCGCGCUGCUGCGGACGCGCGCCGCUGCGAAACGUCCGCGAGAGCCGCGCGUUUGCGCAGGGAAACGGCGCGCUCGGCAGGAAAAGAGGAGCGGAGAGGAAACCCCGCCGCGCACGAGCGAAACACACACACACACACACACUCGCGCGCGCGCACACACCUUUUUACACCUCUCUCCUCACGCUCAGCUGUCACCUCUCGAAUGCGGCCAUUUAGUUUGUCAAAAGGGAGGAAAAGCGCACAACUGGCAGGAAAAGAUGAGAGGAAGCGGCUCAGCUGGAGUCCACUGGGGAUGAACUGCAAAAAAAACACUUAAUGAUUUUUUUGGGGCUGUAAUUUUCUAGAGAAAUGACUGACUGCUGAGUGAGUUAUAAGAGGUUUUUCAAUCAGCAUUCCCCCUUUUUUGCCAUCGCUGCGUUCAUGGACACUGCAGGCCGGGGACAGCUGGAAGGGACCCCCAUCUGAGGCUCCCGGAAUACGAAUCCUCUUCAUAUAAACUUUAUAUACUUUGUAUGUAGGCAGUGCUGCCGCUGGCCCAGGUGACCUUCGGAGGACCUGCAGCCCCCACUUCUCUCUUGCACAUGGCAAUUUGGCAAUUUCUCUUCAAGCAUACUGUGAAGUUAUUGAGCAAAUUUUCUAUAAAGUCAUCCUAUUUGUGAAACCUUUAAUAUGUAAGCUUCACAACCCGUGCUUUUAUAAAGUUCUUUUUUUUUUUGUUAAGUGACACGCGCGCUGGCUCUACAGUGACUCGGAUUGGUCUGGAAAGCUUGCGAGCGUUCGUAGCGUGGGUCGUUCUGCAAAGUGGCUUCCAUGCCGUCUCCAGUUUGUUUUGGAGAUUUCCGCUCAAGAAAAGCGAUGGUGCAUGGCUCAUCCUGCUCGCUGUCACACUGAAGUCCUCGGAGCAGAGCUGGGCCAGCCAUCUACCUGCGACAGGUUGUUCCUGGUUGGUGAAGAAGAAUAUAGUUUAGAAGACACAGGAAGUCACUUUUGUGUCUGCAGUGCACAUUCCCAAAAUGGAUGAAGAGCAAGCUCUCCAUUCCAUCAUGAAGGAUUUGGUGGCCCUUCAGAUGACACGACGUCAACCCGUGCUCGGGUUCGACACCAGCAGGGUCAAGCCAGCCAGCCCCAUGCACCGAAAAGAUGAUGUUAGAAUUAAGUUUGAGUUCUGUGGAGAGAGAAGGAUACUGAUGUUUGGACGGCCAGUUCAGUUUGAAGAAGUGAAGCAGAAGGUGAAGUCGGUGUUUGGCCAGCAGCUGGACCUGCACUAUAUGAACAAUGAGUUGUCCAUACCUCUACACAGUCAGGAUGACUUGGACAAAGCUAUUGAUCUUCUGGACCGCAGCUCCAACAUGAAAAGCAUCAAGAUCCUGCUGCUAACCCAGGAGCAUAACAAUGCCCCGACCCUCUCCCAUGCAACUGCCUGUAAGCAGGUUCGCAUGAAGAGCUCCCAAUCCCAUAGCGACGUCAGUGCAACCUUCCAGUCAACUGAGCCCAGGGGACGGUAUCUCUCCUCUAGUUCCCUGAAUACAGGCCGCAGCUCUCCACCCCCCGGCUACGUUCCAGAGCGGCAGCAGCGAAUCGCCCGCCAGGGAUCCUAUACCAGUGUUAACAGCGAGGGCGAGUUCAUCCCCGAGAGCCUGGAUCCAAACGUUCUGGACCCCUGGAGCAGUGCAGAGAACUCCAUAUCUGGCAGUUGUCAGUCCCUGGACAGCAACUUGGACAGUCCUGCCCUCAGGAAGUCCCGGAUGUACAGAGCCAAGAGUUACCCAGACAACCGUCAGGAAUUCUCUGACCGCGAGAAUCACAACUAUGAGAAGGUAGUGGGAAAAGGAGGGACGUACCCACGGCGAUACCAUGUGUCCCUGCAACACAAAGACCACAAUGAAGGCCGGCGGACCUUCCCACGGAUCCGCAGGCCACAUGGGAACCUCUUCACGUUGGUGCCAUCCAGGCGCUCGCUAAACAACAGUGAGGAGAGCCUGGGCUCCACCUGGCAGCUGGCAGAGGCACAGGGUCGACUGCGCCCGCAGGAGCGCAUUGUACCCCAUAAGUCUCCCAGUGCCCCCCUGACAUGGAGGCGAGGCAAGCUCCUCGGACAAGGUGCCUUUGGACAGGUCUACUUGUGCUAUGACGUUGACACAGGAAGAGAGCUCGCUGCAAAACAGGUUCAGUUUGACCCACAUAGUCCGGAGACCAGCAAGGAGGUGAGUGCACUGGAGUGUGAAAUACAGCUGCUGAAGAAUCUCCACCAUGAGCGGAUUGUGCAAUACUAUGGCUGCCUACGUGACCACAACGAGAAAAUCCUCACCAUCUUCAUGGAGUACAUGCCAGGGGGGUCGGUUAAGGACCAGCUGAAGGCUUAUGGCGCCCUGACGGAAAAUGUUACCCGCAAAUACACCAGGCAGAUUCUUGAGGGCAUGUCCUAUCUUCACAGCAACAUGAUUGUGCACCGUGACAUCAAAGGUGCCAACAUCUUGCGGGACUCUGCUGGCAAUGUGAAGCUGGGAGACUUUGGUGCCAGCAAGAGGCUCCAGACCAUCUGCAUGUCCAGCACAGGUGUCCGUUCUGUUACAGGCACCCCCUACUGGAUGAGCCCAGAAGUGAUCAGCGGUGAGGGCUAUGGCCGGAAGGCAGAUGUAUGGAGCCUUGGCUGCACUGUGGUGGAAAUGCUUACGGAGAAGCCACCAUGGGCGGAGUAUGAGGCCAUGGCAGCCAUCUUCAAGAUUGCCACACAGCCCACCAACCCUACGCUGCCACCACACACAUCGGAGCACACGCGCGACUUUGUGCGGUGCAUCUUUGUGGAGGCUCGGCACCGGCCCACCGCAGAGGAGUUGCUGCGACACCCUUUCUCCCAGGUUCUCUGCUGAAAGCAGGGUUACACCCUCCCAGCUUUCUGUACUGGAUUCCGCCGAGUUUGUUCCUAUUUAUGCUGCGUUCGAUGUUCGGCAGGAAAACCUCUUUGGCAUUCUUUGCAUCGAAGAUGUGUGUUGCUAGCAGUUAGGACAGUGCCAGAAGCUACACAACUAUAAGUGUACACUGGGGGGUGCUGUGAUCUCUCACAAGAUCCCAGGCGCAUGGCUAUCGGUUUUGUGUUGUCGGGGCCUCAUUCCUCCCCCGGACAGGCUCUGUGUGCGUACCAAAGACACUUCCUGGCCAAGAGUUGGGGACCUGAGUGUUUACCUGCCGGAAGUUAGUGUCAGUAUUCACAUUGUUAUAGUAAAAACUGGCUUUGUCUUGAAGGUCUGCACCUGGCCCUUUCUAGAGGGGGUGCCACUCGUUGUCGGCUGAGUAUGUUGACCUUCUUUCGCCAGAACUGCACUCGUCUUCCUGCAGAUUCUGCCUUCACAGGUCGACGACUCAGUGCAGGGCUCGCAGGCAGACUGGUCUAGAAGGAGACUUGCUGUUUUCUUUCUUCUCUCUGCACCAGGAUUUCAGUUGUCUGCACCGUGCUGCCAACUUUUCCCGUAUUCAAAUGAGAACAUUUCCCUGGAUUUUUUUGGUCAAGUCACCAAACACUGCUUAGGAAGAGGAAAAUUGUCUCCCAAAAAGAUUUUUUCUUUUUUUCU